UUCAGUUCGCAAUCACCCCCGCUCGGAACGCCCGUACGCUCCGUUCCAGGCGAUACACGCGAUCUUUUCCGAAAGUGCAAUAUUUUGAAACGUUCGAAUUUCAAACGUUUUUUUUUUCUGUGUGAGUGUUUCUGUUUCUUGGUUGCCAGUGUUUCGUGUUUUAUAAUUGGAUUUGUUUUCGUGUUAAGUUUUGGACGUCCGCAUUUGGUCAACUUACGUUUUGGACGGUAUGCUGAACUUCUGAAUUCCUGUCCCGGCCUGGCUUCGAUACUGAAUAACUCCGGAAGCUCCUGUUGAAUUCGAUGGCAUGGCGCGGUGACGCAUGAUGACACUGCCGCUCGCCGCUCUGCUGCGCCUGCUGCUUAUUGCUGGUGGCGCUAGCUUCGUGAACCCCUACACCAACGACGAGCCAGACCUCACCCAAGUAUGGCUAGAACUCCCCACCUCCCCCGUCGCCCUGGGAGGCGACGUCCACAUCCACGUCCACGGCGCGUCCACGCCGCUGCGCCUGCGCCUCGCGCGCGACGACGACGACGGACGACUGCUAUUGGCUGUUAUGCCACUAGCGCUAGAUGCUGAAGGCCGCAUGACGCUCCCGUGCGGUUACUUCAAUCGAGGCGGAACGUACUAUGUUGAGCUUUUGGCGGACAAUUUUGUGAAUGAUUAUGAUAACAAUAGUAUAAGUGAUGAUAGAGUAGCAAGAGACGUGAAAGAUAAAGUGAACAGUGAGUCUAAUGGUGAUAGUGUUAAAGAUAAAAGAGACGUGUAUAAAGAUGAAACUAACAAAGACAAUGAAAGAGUGACAAGAGAUUUAAACAAUAAAGGUAAAACUAAGAGAGUAAAGAGAGAAGAAAGUGAAGGUAGAAUAGUGGAAACUGAAGAUGGAGUGGUCAAAUCGUGGAGUUUCGAUGUGCUUUGGCCGUCAGCGAAGUUAGACGUGACUCCGGAGCAAAUACAGACGUAUCCGGAGAGGCAGGUGACGGCGAUAUUGGAGUUCCCGAAGGUGAUGUGUGCUCCGUUGCUGCAAAGUGCGGAUUUCUGGCUGGAGCUGCUGUAUUGUGGACAUUCGAGUGGAGGAGCGGUGCUGUGCGAUGGGAAGAAUACCAGCUCUCACGCGCACGUUUUGUAUUCUGAACAGAUGCACGGCUUUCCGGGUCGCCGGACGAUGACGUUGCGUUGUGAACUAUUCGGCCAAGCUGGGGACUACGCGCUCACACUCCGGCCAGCGGCUGCCGGGCCCCAGGACCUCGCUACUGCCUUCGUCAAGGCGGACUGGUCGGAGCAGUUCGUGUUAAACGUGCACGGUGGCAGCGUGUUCCCCUGCGGAGAAGGAGUGCGAGUACUCUUCCAGUACCCGGAGUGCGUGCUGGAAGGGGCCGACAGAGUACGGGUCUUUGGACGAGAUCCGGAGCGGCUGAGAUACGUGGCCGAGAGGCGAGUGAGAAGGGGCCAGCACACAGUCUCGUUUGACUGUCGCCUGUUCAGCGAGAGGUAUCCAGAGUACUGCUUCGUGUACGUCUCGCAAGCUGUGACAGGCGCUGUGGCUGAUGUCAGGAUGGACUGUCUGCCCACCUUACCAUUGUCAGAUGGCGGCGCUGGUGGCUGGGGCGCCUGGUCGGCGUGGUCAGCGUGCCCAUCACCAGCACGCUGUUCCACUCGCACUCGCAGCCGCCACCGCUUCUGCGACUCACCACCGCCUGCUUACGGAGCAAAGUAUUGCGAGGGUCAAGCUGUGGAGCUGGCAGCUUGUGAAUGCGCCUCCAAGCCCUGGGCUGGAGACUCCUCCAUGGUUGUGUCAGAAGUCGGUCCUCAAUGCCGGUGUGGAUGCGUGCUGCAUCUAGCUCCUAGUGCAAGAUUGCUGGCUGGGUCUGCUAAGGCUUGCCCUGGGCGCUCCUUCUGGCUAUUGCAGGCCGAAGAAGGCUUGGUGGUCCGGCUUCGCUUCGAAGCGGUGCGGCUACCGUGUGCGGGACAAGCUCUGAGAGCUCGCGACGGCGACUCGCUUGGUUCUCCGCUUCUGGCCUCUUGGGAUGGACCCGACAGCUCUGCCUUGGUUGGAGACGUGGAAACCACGACAGACAGCAGCGGGGCGAUCGAGAUCGCCGGCGGCGGGCAUAUACUAGUAGAACUGCGUUCGGGAGAAGCGAAGAAUCAGGCGGAUCAGAACUGCGCGGGAGGCUUUCUGGCACACGCUUCGCAGAUCGAACCGAUCCGCAACGCGUCAGCAGCCUGGGCGUCGAUCGGCGUGGGUCCGGCGUGGCUCGGCGCCGGCGGAGGCGCCAGAGCGGCGGCGUUGGCGUUAGCCGCUGCCGCCGCGUUGGCUGCAUUAGGUCUGGCGCUGCACUCGGCCAGACGGACCACGCCCUAUCAGAGGGCAGCUGAUAAAGAAUCACUCACAGAUAGUGAUGCAUGUUCAGCAUCGCUGGAGCUCGGAGCCGCUGCAUCAGGCUCUCGGAGCACCCUGCUCUCCGAAGUGGUCGGAGGCAGCGUUUCCCUGCGAAGACUGCUGCCUUCAGGAAGGACGAGGCAUACCAGGCUGAGGGAUUCGGAUAGGGCGUCGGAGAAGGAGCAAAGGCUGGACGAAGACGAACCAACGGACACGGAAGAGCAGGACAACGCCAGCGAAGGCAGCGCUCACAGCGCGGCGAGCGACGCCACCAUAACACCAGAGUCUGCUGCGAGCGCGCCCGCGGGACAAACUAGUGUUAGCGCCAUGACGCACUCACCGUUGAAGAGAUCUCAGACUAUGGCUGAUACACCACAGGUCACAUCUCCGCCUCUGCCUUCAACAAGCGAGACAGCAACAGAGGACAUAAGCACAAGCGUGACCAGUGUGAGCGAGAGGGACUCUUAUAGCGAAAAGGACAAAGAUAGCUUGUUAGACAGAAGUGCAAGUAGGGCAUCUUCUUCGUCCGCCGCUACUCUGACAAACGGUUGGUACUCGCCAGCACUGAGCGGGGUAUCCGCGGCUCGGAUCCGCGACAACCCUAAACAUAACAAAGAGAGCUGCAACCGCCGGCUGCUGCGCUCUGAUCUCAGUCUCACCUCGCAUCCUGAGAUGGAGAUUGAUUAUUAUGACUACGAGGUUAACAAUGCAGGUUCAGUUCCUGGCUCGUACCUAGGAAUGGACCCAGCUUUCCUGGUCUGGAUCCCUCCUAUAGAAGAAGGAGAUAUCAUCAAAGAAAUAGAUGAAAGCAAAAUACCUAUUUAUGAGGAGAUUCUUCCCAAAGAUAUCCAUCCGGACCCUGGCAGCAACACAGAGUCCCCCGAAGAUCGUCCUUCUUGCAGCACUCUCAAGAGGAUUGAGCGAGAGAAACCCGACAACAGAUCCAUCAAGUCCAACGACUCCGUCAAAUCCCGCAGAGUCCAUGACAGGACCAACAUCAUCCAUCCUCUCAACUUCAGCAUCACCGACUUACAAAACUCCCCAAGACUUCCGAAAAGAAGCAGAAAGAAGAAAGAUGACGCGAUACAAAUGAAAGAACUCACUUUAACAAGAUCUCCAGUUAAAGUACACAGGAGAGAUAAAUCAGACAAUGAUAAUACAUUGAAAAGAGUUAACGAUAAUGCGAGAGAAACCAAAGAUUAUGACACUAAAGCAAAUACAGAUCUCGAUGAUAUAAAGUUUGCAGAUGAUACUGAUUCGUCAAACGAAAUCAAAUUUGCCGAUGAUUCACCAGAUAGUAAUAGAUUAGUUGAUAGAUUCAAUGUUAAAGCUUAAGUCGAUUGUUAAGGUUUUAAUAAAACCCCGUAGACAAUCAUUACCAUCAUUAAUAUUUAUGUAGAAUUUUAGUUUCCCUUAGAUUCAAAUGCCCGUUUAACUUAAGGACCAAUAUGUGAAUAAAUCAGACAUGACAUAUUUAUAAUAUUCUCUCAUAUCAUCAAAUCAAAAUUAAAUGUAGCGCGAUAUCUAUUUUUCAAAGAUUCCAUAUACGUGUAGUUCACUAAUGUAAUAGAUUUAGAAAAUAAUUAGUGGGGAUAAUAGUUUACCAUUAUCAGAACCUAUUCCAUAUCGUUCCAUUAUUAU